AUCAUUUGUGGAUUGAGAUUGAGGGUCCGGUAAAUUUUUGUUCAAGUGGCCUUCAUGUACUUGCUGUUGCUGCGAUAGUUUAUUUGUUUUUUUUUGUAAAUAAAUAAUUUUGAAAUAAUAAUAUAGAUAAGUUGUGGUGAUGAGCAAUAGACAACACUGACAAUGGCUUCGGCACUGGAGGUGUUUGUAAAUAACGUCCAGACACUUUCUACCCAAGGUAAUUACCGUGAAUUAUGCGAAAUAAUUGGAAAAUCAUCGGAAAUAUUGUUGAAGAAUGCCGCGCUUCUAGAUAACGUACUGGAGACACUUGACCUGCAGCAGCAUUCUCUAGGAAUACUUGCUGUGCUGUGUGUCAAGUUCAAUUUAUCAUCCUCUAGUGGACAUGCUAAUUCAGAUGCCAAUAAAUUACUUUUUACUCAAGCCCAAGAAUUUAUUAUUGGGUGUAAUGGCGAGCAAGUGAGAUUUGCACCCGAAUCUUAUGCUGAUUUGUGUCACCUGCUUACACAAUCAUUAGUCGAAAUGCAAACGCCAAUGCGCGGAAUAGAACUUCUGCAGCGUGCGAUCCGUAAAAUCCAAUUAUUUGACAGCCAGUUGACGUCAAUACACGCGGACCUCUGUCAGCUGUGUCUGUUAUCGAAAUGUUUCAAACCGGCACUAGAGUUCCUCAAUACGGACAUCACCGGCGUGGGUCAGGAAGGCGGUCAAUUUGAUUCGAAAUAUUUUCUCCUGUACUAUUACUACGGCGGUAUGAUUUACACGGCGUUAAAAAACUACGACAGGGCGUUGUAUUUUUUCGAGGUGUGUGUGACAAUACCGGCGAUGGCAGUGAGCCAUAUUAUGCUGGAGGCGUACAAAAAGUUUAUCCUCGUGUCGCUGAUACUCCACGGGAAAAUAGUCAACAUACCCAAGUACGCGAGUCAAGUACUGAUACGUUUUAUCAGGCCACUGAGUCAACCGUACGGCGAACUUGCCACCGCGUAUUCCACCAACAGCUGCGAAGAAGUCCAAGGAGUUAUUAAUAAAUAUCGUGAAGUAUUUGUCAGAGACCAUAAUCUUGGUCUUGUUAAACAAGUACUUAGUUAUUUAUACAAGAAAAAUAUCCAAAGACUGACGAAAACAUUUUUGACACUCAGUCUUAGUGAUGUUGCAAGUCGGGUACAGCUUCCUGGUCCUGCUGAUGCUGAAAAAUAUAUUCUAAAUAUGAUUGAAGAUGGGGAAAUAUACGCAACGAUCAAUCAAAAAGAUGGAAUGGUAGUGUUCCAUGAUGAUCCAGAAAAGUACAAUUCGCCUCGUAUGCUUGCUAAACUGGAACAAGAAAUGGCUGCGUGUGCUGAGCUUGAUAAGCGAGUACUUGCUAUGGAAGAGGAAGUAAUUGUCACGCCUCAGUAUGUUCGUAAAGCAUGUGGGCAAAAUGAUCCGGAUGAUACCGCUGGCGCACCGGCUACCAAUGUCACAAAUGCCCAAGUUCAACCUAAACUAAAUACUUACUCUAUGUAACAUACGUCGUGCUAUCUUUACUUUAUUAUUAAUUACAAUUAUUAUUAAUUAUUAAAAAAACAAACAAAUACAACAACAAGUCCCGUCAUUUAGAAGCCGCAUAAUUUAUUGAUUUAAAUUUUUCUCCCUCGUUAAACUUUAUUAAAAUUUUCAUAUAAAAAAAAAAGAAAAUUAUUUGUCUUUGUUUUAUUUAUUACAAUUAUAAUUAGUUAAUAUUGUGUAGAAUUGAAACUACGUUUACUCAUGUUCAUUUUAAUAAUAAUUAGUAAAUUUAAUUUUACAGUUACAAGGGUAUAAAUGCUUGUUAUUAUUUCAUUUUUAUUACAAUUAUUAUAAAACUUUCCGUUGAUUUACUAACUUUUUUGAGUACUGAGACAGCAAAAUUAUAAAAUUUAAAUUUACUAUCUUGUUAAAAAUUUUUUUUCUCAGCCGUAAUGGUAAAGAAUGAUCCUGAAGUUAACAGACAAUUAACUAUUUUCGGAUUUUUUUCAACAAAUCGAUUACAAAAAAAAAAAAAAAACAA